GGAUAACGAUUCUUUUAUAUUUUUCUUUAAUCUUUCUUCUUGUAAGAUUAAUUCUAAUCUAAAGGAAUUAUAUAGAUAUAUAAUGAAAUAUCGAGAAUAUAUUUAAGUAUAAAAUCAAAUAAGUGUGGUAUAGUAUAGGUGAAACCUAAGUAAAAUUCAUAUUAUUUUAAGGUUACUGAAAUAUAAGAUAUACAUUGUCAGAAUGCAAUCUAAUAAUAUACAGGAAGGUUUUGCCACAAAAGCUAUUCACGCUGGUCAAGAUCCGGCGCAAUGGAGUCAUUGGUCGUUAGUUCCACCUUUAGUAAUGUCUACUACCUUUCAACAAAAUGCUCCGGCAGAACAUAACGGUUACGAGUAUGGCAGAAGUGGUAACCCAACGCGCAAUGUAUUGGAGGCUUGUUUAACGGCAUUGGAAGGUGGAAAGCAUGGUUUUACUUUUUCGUCGGGUUUGGGAGCCAUCACAGCUAUAACCGGCUUAUUGCAAACUGGCGAUCACAUAAUUUCUGGAGAUGACGUAUAUGGUGGAACUAAUCGUCUCUUUCGAAACUGUCUAGUUAAACAAGGUGUUAAAAUUUCUUUUGUCGACCUGACAGACGUAGAAAAUCUUGCGGCUGCUAUACAACCAAAUACCAAGAUGGUUUGGUUGGAGACGCCUACGAAUCCUUUAUUAAAAAUAGCAGAUAUUGAAGAAAUUGCAAAUGUUUUAAAGUCUAAAAAUUCAGAUAUCAUUUUGAUAGUCGAUAAUACCUUCCUGACGUGUUAUUAUCAAAAACCAUUAGAGCUCGGAGCUGAUCUUGUAGUAUAUUCUUUAACAAAAUAUAUGAACGGACAUUCGGAUAUUAUCAUGGGUGCAGUAAUUACAAGGAGAGACGAUUUAGCGGAAAAGCUUCGUUUUUUACAAAAUGCAAUGGGAAUAAUUCCGUCGCCAUUUGAUUGUGCUAUGGUCAAUCGUAGUUUGAAAACUUUAGAACUUAGAAUGCAGCAGCAUAUGAAAAAUGGAUUAGCCGUUGCCAAAUUUUUAGAUAAACAUCCUCUAGUGGAUAAAGUUAUUCACCCUUAUCUCCCGUCUCAUCCGCAAUAUCAACUUGCUCUUAAACAAUCAACAGGUCACAGUGGCAUAGUAUCAUUUUAUAUUAAAGGAAAUGCCAAAAAAUUUUUGAAAAGUCUUAAAUUAUUUGCUUUAGCAGAAUCGCUUGGUGGUUAUGAAUCUUUGGCAGAAUUACCAUCCGUUAUGACUCACGCUUCUGUCCCAGAAGUGACAAGGAAUGAACUAGGAAUCACUGAUCAGUUAGUUCGUUUAUCCGUCGGACUUGAAACGGAAAAAGAUUUGUUAUCAGAUCUUAAUCAAGCUUUAGAAGCUUCUCAAUGAUACGAAAAAUAUUAUUCACGUGUAAUUAUUUUUAAAUAUUUCAACAUCACAGAUCGCCGACAUUGAAACUACGUAACACACACACACACACACACACACACACACACACACACACACACACACACACGCGCCUUUCUGUUGAGUUAGAAAGGAGGAGAGGCAUAUAAAUUAUUAGAAAUUAUUUUUUUAAAGAAUGUUUAAUAUAACACAUUCCAAUAAUCACAAGCCGAAUAAGAAUGCAAUAGUGGUCUAUCUUGCUACGUGCUUUGCAUCGAUUUUUGAGAUCGUAUAUAUAUAUAUAUAUAUAUUUUUUAUAUAUAUGUUAUAUAACUGCUGUUAUUAGUUUCAUUAUUUAAAAAGAAAUUAGUCAAUAUAAAUUUCCUCGCCUGAUCGCAUAUCUAUGCAUAGAUUUGUACAUUUCUGUAUAUCCAUUUUACUACUGGUAAAAAAAAAAUUGCCAAAUAUAGUCUUUUAUUUACA